AUCAUACUAUCAAGAUGAAGCUUCUCUUUCUGUGUGUUGCGUUACUGCCCCUGAUCACAGCUGAUGACGCCAAACCUUGCUGCAUGCCCAGGAAACUGGAGGGGAAGAUCUUCGGGACCCAAGAACUGAGUCUUUUCGACAUGGCCCGGGACGCUGACCUCAAAAUGAUUGUCUUGCGAAAUGCCAAGGACAAAACCGACCCAUCUUACACACUCAUUGACUACGGAAAACGCUUGAUUUACAGGCGUAGCAAAGAUUAUUCCUGCACCAAGACCACCAUCUUGCAGCCACAAAUGUUCAGCAACUGCGUCCCUGCCAACGCCAAGCUCCUGGCCCCCAGCCACUACGGUCCCCCUGGUGUUCUGCCCAUCAACACCUUUGUCUUCACGAUGGGCAACAUCAAAAUGGAGAUGAUGAUGUCAGUUGACCGUUGCUACCCCGUGGUCAACCGGUUGUUUGGACCGAACAGCCCCAAUGGAGAAGCUCUGAACAUUUUCCUCAGCCUGAAGCCAACAAUCUCGGACAUGAACGUCUUCAAUGUGGACACCUCCAACUGCACUGCGCCACUCAUCCUGGGAUAGGAAAAGGCAUAUUUCUGUUUACUAUUUCUUUACCCCUGGAUGCCCCCCAAUGUCUCCCUUUUAAGCCCCAACGUCUUCUUUUUACACCAUUGCUACUAUAAUGCUGAUAAAUCAUGGUCCGAAAAGAGUUACGUCAUUUUCCCGGAGUUUAUCAACAAAGAAAUAAUACUGUGCCAGCUUAUUAUGGAGUGUGCAGACGAUGGACACUUUAAUCGAAUGGUUCGACAACGUGAUCUGAUGCUAUUUUGAAACCCUGCACGACACCGACGUCAAUGGCAAGGAACUUCACGACACACGAGUUGAAUUUUAUAACCGACAAAAUCAUAUCGUUUGUGCUUGUGCGAAUUUUUUAUUUUUGCUGUUACAAUAAAAUAUUUCUGUAAUUUAGAAAUAAUAUAUUCAUCCAACGGUGAUAUAAUAUAAUGGAACAAUAAACACUUUAUGUCAUAAUCUUGUGAUUGACCCUCAAUUUCUCGUACAUGUUGGGCUUACUUAAUUCGUUUAGUUAAUAAACACGACUCAUAGAUAAAAA